AUGGACCAACUUUUGGACUUGGAGACCUUGAAGAAGCUAACUCCUGAGCAACAACAACAAGUAAUUGCAGGAGUCAAACAACAAGCAGCCAUUGCUAAUGCGCAGAAUUUAAUCACGGAUCUGUCCGAGAAGUGUACUCAGAAAUGUAUCUCAUCUCCGGGUAGUUCUCUGUCAAACUCCGAUAAACAGUGCUUACAAAGAUGCAUGGAUCGUUUUAUGGAUUCUUGGAAUCUAGUAUCUCAAACACUUCAAAAGCGACUCCAGGAAGAGUUGACAUCAACUGGAACAUUCCAUUCAGGAUCGUCUUUCUCCUGA